CAUCCCAUCCAAAGAAGUAAAAGUGUCGAUUGUCUAGUGGCGACUGUCCAUUGACAACCAUCCCAGUUCGAGAAGGAGACGGCACUAGUCAAAGCAUCAUCUUUCAGCCAUAGAUCCAGCAAGCAGCAGUCUCACAAUUCGGAGCCCCACAGUCAGAUAGACAACGAGAGUAGAAGAGAUCAUACAUUCAGUUGACGAUAAAAGGAAGAAGAAGAAAGAUGAAUGACUCUGUAUCGAUAGGAAGCGACGAGAUGCUACCAGUGGGAGCACACGUGAGGGAAGAAGAAGAAGAAGACACGAGCAGCAUGGCGGAUUGCGAGGACGACGACGACGACUGCUUGCUCAUAGGAGGUCCUUCGACGAUGGAAUUGUCUCACGAAGAGAUCGACCGCGCGUUGGCCAUCAAAGCGGCCGUGGAAGCGGAUCCGUCGUUGGACAAUCUGAGUGACUACGAGUACGUGCAAUACGCGUUGGCACAUCCCGCGUCGGAAGAACGAUCGGUGGGUACGAUUGUGGCCGAGUACGUGUAUGCGAUGCAGUGCUUUCGUCGUGAGUAUCGCCUCACGGACAGCGUGGAAGAAGGAAUGCAUCUCUUUGAACAAGCUGCUGCGCAACAUCCGGGAUUCUUUCUAGCGGUCGAGUACGUGUCGCAGAGUGGAAACUUUAUCCAUAUUGACGAUGUGGCUGCCUUUGAUCCUCGCAAAAUUGUGGGAUGGGAAGAACGACGCAAGAUUCUCGGUGGCAUGUACUAUCGAUACCAGGGAGUCUGUUCCACCCUACAGGCCAUUCGCUCGGGUGUCGCAAUCAUGGUAGAAUGCAUGGGAGCCAACUUUUCCAAUUUUGAUGCGCAUGUACACGAACAGUUCAUGGUCGAACUCUUUCGUUGCUAUCCAAAACGACACAAGGAAGUGCUGUUCCUCAACAGUCCCACCGUCAUUAAUGUCGCACAUUCUCUAUGGAAAAAGUAUCUAUCACCCAAUAUGAAAAAUGCCUUUCGAUUGGGAUAUCAAAUUGAAGGCAUGGAGGGGCAACGCAUCGAUGAACUGUUCAAGACUCCGUCGCCCGAAGUUGCACAACAACACAUGGUGCAGAAAAUGGGACGAUUCCUCAAGUUGAGAUAUCGAAAUCAAAAGACAUUUUCACUCAGAGCUGCCACGCCUUCCAACCGCAUCAAUCUCAUGGAUACCACCCCCGCUGCCAGUAGUUUCCUUUGAUACAACUUUCAUUUUUUCAUUCAUUAGCAAUGGAACUUGGAAUUUUCAACACCCGACCUACCUAUUACCGUACAAGACUAUUCAUAAAGAAAGAGAGAAUUCAAUCGAACAAUCACUGCCACAUUUAUUUAUUCAUGCAGCUAGAUAGCUAG